UCUUUGUGGGUCUCUUUCAUUUUAGGGUUUUAGGCGCCUUUUCUGGGUUUUAACCUUCUGGGUCUUUUUUUUUUCGUUGCUUAAAACCGUUGUCUAACUAAUAGAUCAUAGUAAUUUACAUAGGAAUUUUUCAGUUUAAAUGGCUCGGUUGAUUCUUCCAUGCAGAAGUUCGUGUUUGACAAAGACCACUCUCUUGGGUUUGAUUUCCUCUGCUCCUCUUCACGCUACAGGCCGAGCUAGCUUCUUUCGGAAUUCAGUGAAAAAUAUCUCCAAACAUAGGCGUUUCCUUAGAUCAGAGGUCACAGUUGGAAGGAAUUAUCGGUUUCUGUAUCCUGCAUUACAGGCCAAGGAAGACAACAAGAGGCUAAUUUGUUCAGUUGCCACUGAACCCUUGCCUAAGCAAGUUGAAGAGUCCAAAAUGGAUACUCCAAAAGAAAUCUUUUUGAAGGAUUACAAGUUUCCAGAUUACUAUUUUGACACGGUGGAUUUAAAUUUUUCACUGGGUGAGGAGAAAACAAUUGUUAGUUCAAAAAUAACCGUUUGCUCCAGAGUUGAAGGUUCUUCUUCCCCGCUGGUUUUGGAUGGCCAUGAUCUAAAGUUAAUUUCAAUCAAGGUCAAUAGUGAGGAACUAAAGGAUAAAGAUUAUCAUUUGGACUCACGCCGAUUGACAAUUUCGUCACCACCUACUGGUACCUUUUCGUUAGAAAUCGUUACUGAGAUAUAUCCUCAGAAGAACACAUCAUUGGAGGGGCUUUAUAAGUCAUCUGGGAAUUUCUGCACUCAAUGUGAAGCAGAGGGUUUUCGCAAAAUUACAUUCUAUCAGGAUCGCCCUGAUAUAAUGGCAAAGUAUACAUGCCGGAUUGAAGCUGAUAAAUCAUUAUACCCAGUACUUCUAUCUAAUGGGAACCUCAUAGAACAAGGAGAUCUUGAGGGUGGUAAGCAUUAUGUUUUUUGGGAGGAUCCCUUCAAGAAACCUUGCUACUUGUUUGCCUUGGUUGCUGGACAGUUGGAGAGCAGGGAUGACAUUUUUGUUACCCGGUCUGGUCGAAAGGUGUCACUAAGAAUUUGGACCCCAGCCCAAGACCUACCCAAGACAGCACAUGCCAUGUUUGCACUUAAAGCAGCAAUGAAAUGGGAUGAGGAUGUUUUUGGUCUUGAAUAUGAUUUGGAUCUCUUCAAUAUUGUUGCUGUCCCAGAUUUUAACAUGGGAGCUAUGGAAAACAAAAGUCUAAAUAUUUUCAAUUCCAAGCUUGUUUUGGCAUCUCCAGAAACUGCUUCAGAUGCGGAUUAUGCUGCAAUUUUGGGAGUCAUUGGCCAUGAGUAUUUCCACAACUGGACUGGAAACAGAGUGACUUGUCGAGACUGGUUCCAGCUCAGUUUAAAGGAAGGUCUUACUGUAUUCCGGGAUCAGGAAUUUUCGUCAGACAUGGGAAGCCGUACUGUAAAGAGGAUAGCUGAUGUUUCAAAGCUUCGAAAUUAUCAGUUUCCACAGGAUGCUGGUCCCAUGGCUCAUCCUGUGCGUCCACAUUCUUACAUCAAGAUGGAUAACUUCUACACAGUCACGGUUUAUGAAAAGGGAGCUGAAGUUGUCAGGAUGUACAAGACCUUACUGGGGAGUCAAGGUUUCAGAAAGGGCAUGGAUCUUUAUUUUAAGAGGCACGAUGGCCAAGCUGUAACUUGUGAAGAUUUCUUUGCUGCCAUGCGAGAUGCGAAUGAUGCAGAUUUUGCUAAUUUCUUACUAUGGUACUCCCAAGCUGGUACGCCUAUUGUGAAAGUUGCAUCAUCCUAUGAUGCUGAAGCUCGUACUUUCUCCUUGAAGUUUAGUCAAGAGGUACCUCCAACUCCAGGGCAACCAGUUAAAGAACCAAUGUUCCUUCCUGUGGCAGUAGGUCUACUUGAUUCAACUGGCAAAGACAUGCCCCUCCUCUCUGUGUAUCAUGAUGGAUCAUUGAAGUCUUUUACGAGCAACAAUCAACCAGUAUACUCGACAGUUCUUAGAGUGGCCAAGAAAGAGGAAGAAUUUGUGUUCCAUGACAUAAUUGAGCGGCCAGUUCCUUCUAUAUUGCGGGGUUAUAGUGCUCCUAUCCGUCUUGAAUCCAAUCUCUCUGACAGUGAUCUGUUUUUCCUCCUUGCUCAUGAUUCAGAUGAAUUUAACCGUUGGGAAGCUGGACAGAUCUUGGCAAGGAAGCUGAUGCUGAACUUAGUGGCUGAUUUCCAACAAAAGAAACCAUUGGUUUUGAAUCCUAAGUUUGUGCAUGGGCUCAAAAGCAUACUUUGUGACUCCAGCUUGGAUAAAGUAUUUAUUGCGAAGGCAAUAACUCUCCCCGGUGAAGGAGAAAUAAUGGACAUGAUGGAAGUUGCAGACCCUGACGGUGUUCAUGCUGUUCGAACUUUCAUCAGGAAGCAGCUUGCCUCUGAACUGAAAUCAGAGCUACUAACUACGGUUGAAAAUAAUAGGAGCCCAGAAGAGUAUGUGUUCAACCAUUCUAACAUGGCUAGGCGUGCUUUGAAAAAUGUUGCCCUUGCAUAUCUUGCAUCAUUGGAGCACGAGGAGUUAACAAAGCUUGCGCUACAUGAGUACAGAACUGCCACAAAUAUGACAGAACAAUUUGCAGCUUUGGCAGCCAUAGCCCAGAACCCUGGUAAAACACGUGAUGAUGUCUUGGCUGACUUCUACAACAAAUGGCAGCAUGACUUUUUGGUUGUGAAUAAGUGGUUUGCCCUCCAAGCCAUGUCUGACAUUCCUGGUAAUGUUGAGAAUGUCAGGAACCUUUUAAAUCAUCCAGCAUUUGACCUGCGCAAUCCAAACAAGGUAUACUCGCUCAUUGGAGGAUUUUGCAGUUCUCCUGUGAAUUUCCAUGCAAAGGAUGGAUCAGGCUAUCAGUUCUUAGGCGAGAUAGUGGCGCAAUUAGACAAAAUUAAUCCUCAGGUGGCCUCCCGCUUGGUGUCAGCCUUCUCAAGGUGGAGGCGCUAUGAUGAAACCCGGCAAACUUUUGCCAAGGCACAGCUGGAGAUGAUCAUGUCUGCCAAUGGACUCUCUGAGAACGUCUUUGAGAUUGCCUCUAAAAGUUUGUCUGCUUAAAUGCUGGUAGUUGUUAUCAAUGCGAAAUAAGCAUGCUUAACUCAUUUUCAAGACCACCAUAAUAAUUAAUAAGUGUGUUUUUGCCCUUAAUACUUGCCUCUGCUGUAGCAGCAGUUGCUGCAUUCUGUAGCUCUCCAAACAAAUUUAUGUGUGAAAUGAUGUGCAAAGGUAACCGAAGUAAAAGAGUUCUGGUAUUUUCUUUA